ACCAACAUUUGCAAAAUAAUGCAAAAUGGAAACCCUACGAAGACAUUUCUCAAAGAAAAAAAAGUACACAUAUUGUGUUAUUGGCCGGGUCAAGCACAAUGGCUAUUGCAAGAAGCACCCCAAACACCACCAAUCACCCGGUGUGUGUUCUCUUUGUUUAAGGGAAAAGCUUUCUCAACUAUCUUCUUCUUCUUCUGACUCACAUAGAAGAAUCUCAUCUAUUUGUUCUUCUAGUUCUUCUUCUUUGUCAUCAUCAUCUUGUUACUCCUCAGCUUCAGCCUCUUCUUCAUGUGCUUCUCCAAUGCAAUGUUUCUGUUUCACUACUACCGAGGGGAAGAGUAGUUCUUCUGCGGUCUCGAUUUUCCUGCUGAGUGGUAACAAUGGAAUCAUAAAGGGUAGGUGUAGGCCAUUGGAUAUUGUUCCAAGAAGAAGAGAUUGUGAAGGUGGUGGUGUUGAUCAUCAUGGUCAUGAUAAGAGUGCCAACAAAAGUGGAUUUUGGUUCAAGUUGCUUCAUCCUAAAAGCAAGAGAAUGAAGGAAUGUUAUAGGGAGGACAAUAAGCAGCUUGUUCGUGCUAUGUCUAUAGAAAUAAGAGAAACAAUGGCUUAAUUUUUUUGAAAGAGAUUAAUUGGUCUUGAGAAAAGUAAUCAAGUAUUACGUUUAUUUCUUUUAGUUUUAUUUCCCACCUUUAAAGUUCAUUGGUGGAUCAUAGUGUUUGACUCCUAGGUUUUGUUAUUUAUUUCCAUUUUCUUUUCUACGAACAUGAAGAAAAAUUGAGAUCUUGAUUUGGAUUACAUGCAUGUGUACUAAUGUACUAUUCUGUAUAUAAAUUGAUGUACAUUUUUUGGAUCGUACGUGAAAA